AUGUGAAAAACUCAGAGCUUCCAGGCUUGCCCAGAGGAUGGGCAAGGGGAAUGCGCUGUCAUUCUUGAUCCGCUUGCAGUUUUUGAGCACCUUGGGGCUUACGACAAAUAAAUCUGUGUCAAGGAUUCCGCUUCUCCAGAACUUCUCUAUUUUCCUGUGUUAGCGUGCCAAGGAUUUGGUUUCAGGGUAGCCAAAUCUGAAAUGUAUGUGAAGGCCAUAGAGACCGAUGUUGGCACAGGAUCCUGCCCAGGAAAGGGCAAAGUCUGCCCCAGAACAACACCUUCUCUUGCCGUAGGCGUAGUGUUCGUCAGCCUUGUGAAUUCGGAAUGACACGAAGUGGGUGGGACUUGGUCAAACUCUCCUCCUCAAAACUCUUCCUGUCUGCACAGUCACAGAAGCCUCAGCUCAUCAGGAGAGGAUUUUGCUGAAGAGCUAGUCCAAACUUUCGACCUGAGGGAAGCUAAAUAUAGCACGUGUCUCCCAAUAGACUUCAAAGGCUUUGGCAACAAAGAUUAGAGUGGCUUGAAGAUGAAACCCUCUGCUACCUAUGAGCUGUUAGUAGACAGUGUUGGAGAAUGGGACUUCACGGGUGGUUUUGUUCCUUGUGAGCUGCUGCUUGUUGGAGAGGAUGCCUACCCUGUGCUUCUGAGCGCUGAGAAGCAGGUUCUGAUCGCUGUUUCACGGUAUGGGAAAGGCAAGAUGGUGGUUAUUUCCCACGAGGGAAUCAUGAAGAGCUCCAAGUUUUCCCAGUUCCUCAGAAAUGCUGUGGAGUGGCUCAAGCCUUCCCCUGCGGCCCUGGUUGGGUCCCAUCACCGGUUGGAUUCCCUCUCCCAGCUGCUCCUUGGGGCUGGCAUCAAAGUAGAGGCUGGGGUAGCGCUCAGCACCCACCACGGGGUGUACUGUAUGGAUGCCUAUGACAGCACGCAGGCAAAAGACAUAGUUUGCUUUGUAAAGGAAGGUGGAGGCCUGCUCAUUGGAGGCCAGGCUUGGCACUGGGGUAGUCUACAUGGGAAGGAGAAGGUGCUGUUUGAAUUCCCUGGGAACCAGGUGACCAGUGUGGCUGGUGUGUACUUCACAGGAAAUCCUGUAGCGAAAGGGAUCUUCAAAGUUGCCAAGAAAAUUCCAAAGAUCCCCUUAACUGUUCCACACCAGGCCAGUCUUGGCCUCGAUUCUGCUUUUCUCCUGCAUGGUGUGUCAGAGCUGGAUAUGGUGACAGAGGGCACACCCUCCAUCUUGCUGGUGCAUGGUGUACUCUCCUUCCCGCUCUGCCUGGACAGCUCGCACCGCUGCCUCUUAGCUGCAGCACGCUAUGGCCGAGGCCGUGUUGUGGUGGCAACCCAUGAGAGUCAGCUCCCCCCAAAGAUGGCCAAAUUCCUGCUCAAUGCUGUCCGCUGGCUAGAUGCUGGGAGAAAGGGGCUGGUGGGUGUGGAUGCCAGCCUGGAGAAACUGUGUGGCCUCUUCAGUGAGGAAGAGGUGAAGUCACAGGUAUCAGAGCUGACAGGCAACAUGAGCGUAUACUGCUGUCCUUCUUACAGUGACAAACAGGUGGAGACAAUUCAUGCUUUUGUAGCAGAAGGGGGUGGCCUACUGAUUGGAGGCCAAGCCUGGUAUUGGGCUUCCCAGAACCGCGGCAAAGCUGCAGUGGCAGAAUAUCCUGGCAACAAAAUCCUCAACCGCUUUGGGCUGAGCAUCCUGGGGCAGAGUGUCGAGGCAGCAAAGCUCCCAGCCACAGCAUUUGGGGAGCACUAUCACUUUCGCAAGGCACUCUCUCUUUUCAAGAGCCAUGUAGACAAGGCUGAGGAUCUCAAAGCUCCCCUGAAAGGCUGGCUGCCAAGGCUGGCACAAGACUGUGCUGCCUUUCUGCGCAUCCCUGCCCAGGACUGCCCUGCAUAUGCCUCACUGCACCGCAUCCUGGCCAAAGUGCUUCGCCAAAGUGGGAUCCCGCACGUCAGCAGGCACAAGCCUGUCAAGAGCAACUCCAAAGAGGCAGCCCUGCUCUGCAUGGCAACUGAGCUGUCAUACACCAUGACAGACUGUGCAGCCCUAGUGCAGAAAUCUGCCACUGGGGUCUGUUCCCUUCCUGUUACCGUGGAAAUCGAUGGCACUAAUCCAGGUAAGACAGCCUGGAGGAGUACAGGACUCUAUCUCCCUGAGGGUCACACAGCCGUUAUAACAUUCCCUUGUCGGCUGGUCGGUGCUGGUCUGCAGGUGCAGGUUGGGUGUCAUGCGGAUGACCUCUCUAAUGCUGAAGAGCUGAAACGAGCCCCAGUGGUAAUACGUACCUGUGAUAUUACCUGCCAGAAACAGUCAGUUUCCUGCCUCUGGGGUGGCCUCAUUUACAUCAUAGUACCAGAAAGGAGCGUCCUGGGAAAAGUGCCCAUCACUGUAGAAGGGGCAGUCAGAGCUCCUUUCUUCAAGCUUGGGGAGACCUGUGAAAACCAGUGGAAGGCCAGUAUCCGGCACUACCCUGCUCCCUGGGCAGAACUGGCAGCUGAGAGUCUCAUCCUGACGGUACCAGCUGACAGCAUCCGCCACUUGGAGAACCCAAAACCACUGCUGACCCUGUGGAAUGAGAUCAUGGUGGCAAUAAGCAAAUUGGCAGCCAUACCAACAAAGUUCCCAAGGCCAGAGAGGAUUGUAGCAGAUGUCCAGAUCUCAUGUGGCUGGAUGCAUUCUGGCUACCCCAUCAUGUGCCACAUCGAUUCAGUGAAGGAGAUGAUAGAUGUGAAGCACAUGAAAACUACUGGUCUUUGGGGUCCUGUCCAUGAGCUGGGACACAAUCAACAGCAGCAAGCAUGGGAGUUUCCACCUCAUACCACAGAGGCCACCUGCAAUCUCUGGUCUGUCUAUGUGCAUGAGAAGGUGCUGGGGAUUCCCAGGCAUCAGGCACAUGAGGCACUUACGUCACAGUGCCGGGAGGAAAGGAUAAGAGAGUAUCUGAAGAAAGGUGCUCAGCUAAAGGACUGGAACGUAUGGACUGCUCUGGAGACAUACCUGCAGCUGCAGGAAGGGUUUGGCUGGGACCCCUUCACUCACCUCUUCUCUGACUACCAGAAAAUGUCCUCUAUCCCAAAAGACGACCCUUCUAAGAUGAAUUUGUGGGCGCAGAAGUUUUCUCAGCAGGUGAAUAGGAAUCUGGCUCCUUUUUUUACAGCCUGGGGAUGGCCUAUCAAGAAAGAGCUGUCUGAGGAACUCUCCUCUUUACCCACCUGGGAACAGGACCCAAUGAAGUCCUACAGAUCAUGAAAGAAAAACAUCUGAACUUUGAUUCUCAGAUAAGGUACAGCCUAUGUUUUAGCCUUGUGUACUGCAUGAUUGCUCAUUGGGCACUUGAUAUUACAUUAAUUUCUUUAGCUUACUAGUUUAGAGUGGAGGUUAACCCCCAACAGGUGUUCAGCAGAAACUUGUAUGUUGCUCAGCACCCAUCUAAACCACCUUCUGAAGGCUUGAAUAAUAAAUAAGCUUUGUUCUAGGUUCUUCACCUCAGGAGGAAUGUAAUUCUGAGUAGAUGUAGUUCCUGCAGAACCUUUAUCUGAUGAAAUGGAAGUUUUCAGGAUGGAGCAAUCACUGGAGUGGUCUCAAGCACAAUGCCAAUAGAAUAAGGGUCUCUAAAGCAAAUAGUAUCCUCCACAAUGUUGUAUUCUUCCGCUGUAAUCUCAGUAAUACGAGAUGUUCACUAUGGACAUGAGUACCUAUAAAAUUCUUCAUCUUUAAUCUCCCUAACUAUGCAGAAGGUCCAUGCCUACUAUCAUGAAAAUGACCUUAUAAUGCUUAUAUACAGCUUAUAUAACAGCUGAUACUAAAAUGUUGUAAUUUCUUCCUGCUUUAUAUUGUGUGACCCAAUGUCCAGCUUUGUGCAAAUAAGUCAAUGCUGAGUGGUAGCCAUCACUCUUACUGUAGUCUGUGAGCAAGAUACAAGCCAUGAAAUAUAUCAGCAUAGAAACAAAGAAGAGGUGACUUGCUUAUAGUUAAUAGCGAUCCAACUCCUGGACUCAUCAGAAAUUAAAAACCAGGCGAUGACAUGACAGCAUGAAGGAGCAAUCAGGAGCAGGACAGCAGCACAGCCAGCAUUUUCGGAGGACCAACAGACAUUAAUGUUUCCCUCACCUCAUUCAUGAUUGCUUGACUAGCACAACACACUGGUGACUACACAGUGCUGACAAGUGUUUUAAUGCUUCGUCUAGUAGCAUACUGGUCUGGACACCCUUCUUGUGUAUCAUCAAUAAAUAAGACAAUUCUGGAUUUUCAAA